AUGCCUGUGGCAACUCGGGCGACCAUCGAACCCAGGCCCGCGCCCGACUCCGGGAAGCGGCGCGAGGUGUCGAACGAUGUUCAUGGCGAUCCGGCGACGCUUCCCAGAUUCCCCUUUCGUGGCUCUGGGGCGUCCGGACCAUCGCCGCCGCCGGCCUCGGCUGCGCCCCAAUAUAUGACCGGCACACCGGCACCCUGUGCCGAGGUUGAGAACCGGCGUGGAAAUCAUGGCUACAUCACAUGCGCCGAUGCGGGGAACACGGUACCGCUGAACGUCUUAGUCGUAAAGAGGAUGCGCGAGCUGGCGAGUGAAGACGCCAUCAUGUACAAAGACGCGUUAGUCGUCUGCUCGACCUUGAUGAUAGGUCCGCCUCUGCGAUCCUCGUCUGAGCUGUUGACCGGUUGGGGUGAAUACCGCCACCACUAA